GGUAUUGUAUUCACUGUGAAAUUGUGAAAAAAAAAAGUAAAAAAAAUAAGUUAUUCAUUUCCUAACAUUUCAAUUGGAAACCAUCAAAUCAAUCACGUGUAUUGUGCAAAUUUUUAUUGAAUUUCAACAGCAGGCAUUUGUCUUUAAGGUGUCCAAAAUGCCUAGAGGCCGCCGCACAAGCCAUGCAAGCCAUCAACAAGUGUAUUCACAGUACUUAAGCGAAGAAAGACAAAAUAUAAUAAGAGAAAAUGCCCGAUUGAGACAACGCGUGAGCACACGAAGAUCAUUGGCAUCAUACAAUCGCUUGGCAUUCCAAUUUGAUCCCACUGCGAACUACAGUGAUGAUGAAAAUUUAGAUAUUGGACCAAUGACGACUAUAUGCCGAUAUUGCAAUGCGUUAAAGUUUAAAAGAGAAACGGCUGGAUUGUGCUGCGCAAGUGGAAAAGUCAAAAUGGAUCCAUUACUUACACCACCACAGCCACUGAAACCAUUGUUCGAUUGAAGUGAUCCCGAUUCCAGCCAUUUUCUUCAACACAUCCUUGAAUACAAUAACUGCUUUCGCAUGACUUCCUUUGGAGCUAAUAUCAUUCGAGAAGGCGGCUUCAUGCCGACUUGCAAGAUACAAGGACAAAUAUAUCAUUUGCAUGGUUCAAUGGUGCCAACACCAGAUGAACCGCAUCAAUUUCUGCAAAUAUAUUUCAUUUCGUCGAUGGUGGAUCAGCUGAAUGUGCGGUGCAAUAUACAGGGAACACAACAGUUAAAGAGACGAAUUAUUGAACAGUUGCAAGCAUUUUUUCACGCUAAUAAUGCUGUGGUUAAUGUGUUCAAAACAGCAUUGGAACGAAUGCCAUCGGAUACGCACAAAUUUGUCAUAGGAGCGGAUUGUAACCCAACAGGUGAACAUGUGCGAAGAUUCAAUGCACCCACCGUUAAUGAUGUUGCUGCAAUUAUUGUUGGCGAUCCAACUAAAUCGCGAGACAUUGUCGUUCAGCGAAGAAGCAAUAUCAUGCAUCGUGUAAACGAGACACAUCGUUUGUACGAUGCGUUACAAUAUCCAAUCAAUCAUUUAUCACGUUGAAGAUGGUCGAUCCAAUUACAGGCGUAUCAACGAAUAAAAAUCUAAGCGCAAUGAAUUACUAUGCGUAUCGUAUGAUGAUUCGUACACAUGAGGAGAAUGUCACUCUGAAGUGCCGUCGGCUAUUCCAGCAAUUCGCUGUCGACAUGUAUGUCAAAGUCGAGAACGAACGUUUAGCGUUCAUCCGAUUCAAUCAGGCAAAGCUACGAUCUGAGGACUAUAUACACUUGCGUGAUGCUAUUCAUUCAGAUGGUCAUGUUCAGAAUAUUGGACGUCUGCCGAUUCUCCCAUCAUCUUAUAUCGGAAGCCCACGCCACAUCCACGAAUACGCUCAAGACACUAUGACGUACGUGCGAAAUUAUGGAACUCCGGAUUUAUUUAUUACGUUCACAUGCAAUUCGAAGUGGACGGAAAUUGAACGUGAGUUGGAACCGGGCCAAAAACCGCAAGAUCGCCAUGAGAUAAUCGCCAGAGUAUUUCAGCAAACACUCAAGGUUAUGAUGGAUGUGCUUACUAAGUAUCGAGUUUUUGGUGACACACGUUGUUAUAUGUACUCGGUGGAAUGGCAGAAGCGUGGACUACCGCAUGCUCAUAUCCUAAUUUGGUUGCUGAACAAAUUACAUUCAAAUGAAGUGGAUGACAUCAUAUCAGCUGAAAUUCCUGAUCCAGUCACUGAUCCCCAUCUACACGACAUUGUGACGACACAGAUGGUGCAUGGACCCUGCGGUGCAUUAAAUCCAUUAUCGCCUUGCAUGGCUGAUGGAAAGUGCACAAAACGAUAUCCGCGACCGUUAGUUGCUGAAACAGUCACAGGGAACGAUGGAUAUCCAGUUUAUCGUCGGCGUUCAAAAGAAGAUAAUGGUCGAACUAUCAAAGUUAAAGUUCAAAAUCAAGAGAUUGAGAUCGGAAAUGAAUUCAUUGUACCAUAUUGCCCGCUGCUAUCACGAAUUUUCGAAACACAUGCAAACGUUGAGAGUUGUCAUUCGGCCAAAUCAAUCAAAUAUUUGUACAAGAACGUAACAAAAGGCAGCGACAUGGCUGUGUUUGGUAUUACAUGGGAAAAUGCGAAUGACGAAAUCAGCAACUUCCAAAUGGGCAGAUACGUGAGUACUAAUGAAGCACUUUGGCGAUUAUUGUCAUUUCGAAUUCAUGAAAGAUAUCCCACAGUUGUACAUUUAGCAGUGCAUUUGGAAAAUGGCCAAAGAGUUUACUUCACUGAGGCUAAUGCGGCACAACGAGCUGAGAGACCACCAUCGACAUCAUUCAUUCACCCUAGAAAUGAUGAAUGUUUUUUUUUGCGACUGCUGUUGGUAAAUGUACGUGGACCAAAAUCAUCUGCGCAUUUGAAAACUGUGAAUGGCCACCAAUGCCAAACAUAUCGAGAAGCAUGUCAACUAUUCAGUUUGCUGGAGAACGAUUCUCAUUGGGAUUUAAUACUUGCGGAUUCAGUUACUUCAUCAAAUGCGUACCAAAUACGAACGCUGUUCGCAAUUAUCAUCACCACAUGUUUUCCUUCACAACCAAUUCAGUUAUGGAACAAAUACAAAGACGACAUAUGUAAAGAUAUCUUGCAUCGCUUGCGCAUUCAAACGAAUAAUCCUGUCAUCCAAAUAACCGAUGAAAUCUACAGUGAAGGAUAGAUUCUGAUUGAGGAUCAAUGCUUGACUAUUGCAAACAAGCUGCUGAUUGAAGUAGGAAUGAUUGCGCCAAAUCGAUCGAUGCACGAUGCAUUCAAGCAAGAAUUAAAUCGAGAGCUGCAAUACAAUGUUGAUACAUAAUACAUUGCAGGAAUUCGUUCGAAAUAAUGUGCCGUUGCUGAAUGAACAGCAAAUACAAGUAUACGAAACAUUAAUGCAAGCGGUGGACAAUAAUACUGGUGGUCUAUGACAGGAAAACAUUUGUCAUUUCAUUGAUUUUGGCCACUAUUCGAUCAAGAUGUGACAUAGCUUUGGCGUUAGCAUCAGCCUGUCAGACAGACUUCUGAUAAUGCCGUUAUUACACGUCUCAACCCUGGACAUGAAUGACGUAAUUCUUUUACGCUGGAUAGAAUUAAACGAAUCAAUCCUAGCCUUCGUGUACAUUUCUGAAGCGCUUCUUUUUUAGGUAGUUGUAUGUUUCGAAUGUAUCCCUGUCGUAUAAAAGUAGUAAUAUUAAAAGGGUAUUCUAUCCUACCAUUAUAUUUAUACUCAAUUUGAGUUUGAUUGCAUUAAGUUACCAAAAUGGUUGAUUUAUAUUAUUAAGAAUACAUUUUAAAUAUUUUAGACAUAUCACAUAAUAUAAUACUUAAAUAAUUUAUACGUCUACAUGGAAUGUGACAGCUGUAAACACGUUAGUAAAAAAUAGAGGUGAACAGGUAGUAACUAUAUUCAGGAAAGCACGCACACUAAAACAAAGUGACUGACGUAUCGCGAGUGUAGAGACGUAGCUGUCAUGCACACUAAAGUCAUAAACCUGGCCUUUAUCCAUGCGUUGCCUCUCAGUAAGAGGCUCUAUCUAGGCGUAUAAAUUAUACAAUUGUUUUCUAGACUCAAUAAUUGUAAUAAUAGUAAACUAAACCAAUGUUUUUCAAUAAUUAUUAUUUCGUAGUUUAACAAAACAUAGCUCCCUAAUUCCGUAGUUUAAAACAAAAGGCGUUUUAGCUACAACCUGUCCUUUAUGUACGAUAGAAAUUAAUUUCU